UGCUGCUGAAGAAAUAUUCGGAGUUUUUAAAAAAACGAUCAUUGAGUACGAAGAAGAGAUCGAUCGUCAGCGCAGACUGUUGGAUGUAGUUCGGAAACCUGAAAUAAAGUCACAGAUAAUAGUCUCUCCAGAUCUCCCACAGCAACAUGUCUCUAAGGAGGAGGAGGAGGUUCCCGCUGAGCAGCAGCUCUGUUUUCAGGAGAAGAACUCCAGUCCGGACAAAGAGGAGCCAGAGCCUCCACAGAUUAAAGAGGAACAGGAGGAACUCUGCACCAGUCAGGAGGGUAUUUACUCAAAUACAGGAGCUGUUGCCACCCAUGUUUUCUCGCUGAACUCCUGGAACAGCCUGGAUAUCCCUUCCCAGAGUACUCAAAGCAUCCCAGAAAUGUCUGUAACCGCUCUCCCCAACAGACCAUGGUAUACCAACUUCAGAGUCGACUGGGAUAGGAUGCCAACAGGGAUCAGAACAGCGGCACUCAGUUUCACAAGACCAUCACCGACUGACAGAAGGGAGAUGGUGAAGGCUGUGGUGGAUCAGAUGCGUGAGCAUGAUCUUAAUCCAUCAAGAGCUGUUUGCCACAACAUUGUUCGAGAUAUCGUUAGAGAGCAUCCAAGAAGUUUUGCUGAUGUUGAUCGUAAUGGAGAGUUUGUGGGGGAUGGCUGUAGCUCACUCCUCUUGCAAAUAAAAACAAGAGUGGAGUAUAAGAACCGCAACAACCCACUUUCACGGCGCAGACGAAAGAGAAGGUCCAACUCUGAGGGAAGAACCCUCUCAAGAGGCCCAGUGGACCAGUACGGCUGUGUCAGGUGGGAACCUUCAGACCUCCCGUCAGGGGAAACGGAGGUGACUCUUGAGGAUGUAAGGAGGCAAAUGGUAACCAUGCAUUCAGAGGAGGGGAUGGCCGGGGCAGAAAGAGCAGUGAAGUUGCUUGAAAAAACAUACACAAUACAACGGCGAUACCUUAACAUGACACCGCCACCCGCCGUAUCGGAUGUAAAAAAACAAUGGCCUUUUCUGUUUGCUCAGAGAGGCAUGUUCUCCCACUUCCUUCACCUGACAGACAUCUCCAUUGUUGCCAAACUAACCGAGGCUAUGGAGCGAAAAGGCGACACAAUCCUAAAGCUCUGCCAUAAACUCAACAAGAACCCAGGGGUUGAAGAGCUCCUCGACAACUAUGAACCUAACACGGCCGAAGACAAGGCUGUGUGCGUAAUACUUCUCCUGCUGGCUUACUUUAAAGAACCAAGGGAUGCGAUUAUCCUUCAGGCCGAACCGUUUUCCACAGCUGCCGAUGUCCAGAGGACCCUCACCUUACCCAGCACCCCUCGCUUGAUCCUAUCAGGGGAGGUAAGGAAGCCGAGAGCCUGGAUGCUUUCAAUCGAAGGACAAGUGGUAAUGGGACCCCAUGCUAAGUUUAUAAAUGGGAUUGCUGCUGUCUUCGCAAGUUACUACAACUUCAACUUACAGUAUCCUGAGGAGGCUGCAUGCACCCUAGAGUUUAUCCAAAGAUGUUUUUUGGGCAUAAAUCCAGCGAAUGGCUCCAAGGCAGAGAAGGCACGUGGAGGUAUCAAUCCACACGUGUGCACCCUCCUGAGGAAAUUAAUGGACCUUGAGUGGAUGUCCAUGUAGACUUUUUUAAAACCUUUGACACAAAGGCCUCUUCUUAGGUGGUUGUGGGGCAUGGGUUGUAACGGAAUGGGAAUACUACAACUCUACCUUGUUUGUAAAGGUAAGAUUCUUGUGGUUUCAAUGAUUCCAAAACCACUUGGAUAUGGUGAGAUGCAAAAGUAUGUGGAAUUGGCCGUGUUCUUUCAAGAGCUGAAAGAUUUGUAAAAAAUAACUAAUUGCAAAUAUUUUGACUGAUAUGGUGAUACUGAAUGCCUACUAUGGUGGCAUGUGCACCGAACAGAGGUUUUCUUACAGUGUAAAUUCAGAAUGUCCUGCUCACUGAUGAUACGUUUGAUCAGAAGAGUCCUCUCUAAGAGAAAAGAAAUUGUCUUUGAAUGUAUUCUCAAUUUCCAAGAAAGAUGAUCAAUUACAAUAUUUGUAUGCAUUUAAAUGUACAUGGAAACAAGAGUCAAUGUAUUGAAACCUAAAUUACAGUUUAUGUACAAUGACAGUAUUUUAAUGUAGUAUACCUGCUGGAAAUUACAGGUUUUAUUGGCUACGUUUGCAGUAAAAAUACAAUAAAAAAAAAAGUAAUUUAAAGUAAAUUCUUGUUAUUUAGGGUACAAUACCCAAAAACUUUUUUACUUUUAUCGUAAUAGAACGGCUGGGUUACUGUGAAAACAUAGUACAUUGCUGUAAUUUUACUGUAAAUUGUUGUGAUUAAAAUGAAUUACAAAGGGUUAGUUAGGAUAAUGUAAUUUGAUAUAUUUUUGCUAAUGUACCCAAAGUUAUUUGAUUAGUGAAAUGUUAGCUAAGGCUAGCUCUAAAAUUAAGCCUGGAUACAUUAGCAAGGAUUUAUAAAAUGACCUUACUGUUUGUCACUGACAGUGUCCUGUCACUUUCAAGCAUCACCUCCCAUUAGGAACACAAGCAGCAUACCACUCAGGGGACUGGCGCCAUUGUACCACUAGUGGCAUACUAUAAGCAACUUUUUAAACUCUGCAUCACUAUGACUAACUGCAGUUUUUUUAUUUAGUUGAUGAAUAGAAUGAGACUGAUCAUGUGCGCAGAUUUGUUUGAUAUUUGGAAAUAUGAAUUAAAGGUACACAUAAUAGGUGUGUAAAAGCAGCCCUGUAUUCAG